GUCAGCUUCACGUCUACGCAUUGCCGCUAUGUCACGUAUAGUCAGUAACUUUCAUUUAUUCGACACCACCUGAAGGCAGCACAGCGUUGCUGUACUUUACUGAGUUCAAGAAGAAGGUAGAUUCUAGCAAAAGUUUGUUUGGGCAGUAAGGCUUGAGGUUUAAGGCGUGUGUUUCAGUUUGUUUACUUGUUUAGAGUACAGGGGCAUAAUGUAAGGACUCUUUUGGCAAUGUAACAAGAAAACCUCCAACUUAAAUCUGGGAGGCUGUGAGCCAGUGGAGCACAGAUUGCAUGGAUACAGAUGAGGCAUGAUGCUAGCAGGCUAACUAGCUGCUAAGGACAUGGUGAGCCGUGACAUUAUCUUUUGCCUCGACUGAAGAGUAACAGGAAGCUGACCUACAUGGAAGGCAACGGAGAGAUCAGUGACACUGACAGUGGCAUCAUCCUUCAUUCAGGUUCUGACAGCCCAACGACGCAUACAAAGGAUGUGACCACCCACACGCGGGCCAUGAAGCUCAAACACCAGGCUCUCCAAGACCGGCUGGAGAUCUGCAUCCUGGAGCUAAAGAAACUCUGCAUCCGUGAAGCUGAGUUGACUGGACGGCUGUCAGAUGAUUACCCUGUACUGCCAGGAGAGAAGCCUCCGCAGAUUCGCAGACGCAUCGGAGCUGCUUAUAAGCUGGAUGCACAAAGCAUCCCUCGAGGGGCAGAGAGUUUAGUGGAUGCUGACUUGGCGCUUCAGAUGAAAAUAUAUGAGGCAGCUCGCAAGCUCUGUGAGGAGGAUCACCUAAACAAGGCUGUUAAAAAGAGCCGUUUACAGCAGUGCAAGAGGGAGGAGAAGAAACUCAAACAGCUACAGGAGACGGCCUUUCAGCUGCGACUGGAGCGUGGCAGAUCAUCACCACUCCCUGCUUUUAAUAUUACACAACCAGAUCUCGGAGCAUCUGAUGACAGCUCUCUGUCUGACUCUUUAGUGCAAGAUGAAGAAGUGACAAGCCAGCCAUCACAGCCAUCUUCAAGACUCCCCUAUCCAGGAGAGACAGAUCCUCCCCCAGAGUCUUCUCAGUCCUCUGCAGUCAGCUCCUAUGCGUCACCAUCUGUGGCUCCCCAGCACUUGCUGCUGACCCCGAAUCACACUCCCCAUCCACGCCUUGACUAUUCACCAAGUUUAACCUCAAGCCCUGUGUAUGACCCUCCUCCCAUCCAACAUUCCCCAUGGACAGAAUCUAGUCUUGACCAACCUUACCAGAAGAGCAAGAAGUCACACUCCUCAAGCAAGACAAGCAGUCCAGCCAAAACUGAAUUGUUGCCACCGUUGGAGGCUUGCUUAGUACAGUCUGCUCUGCAGCUGCAACUUUCCCAUCUGAAGCUGAGCCGCACCCAGUCGAACAGCACGCCCUCCACACCAGAGAUGCGUGUGCACAGACAGCUCUCCCUCAGAUUGUCUGGCCCUGAAGCUUCAUUUGAAAAGGACCGCGGUCGCACCAGAGGUCCAAGGAGACGACUGACAGAAUAUGGAAUAACUUUACCAGAGACUUCCUCCCCUGCAGUGAACUAUGGAAGCCAUUGUGGCUCAGAGGAUAGCAACUCCGAACACUCGUUUACAUCUUACAACAGCCCCCCGUGUCAGGAGUUGCCCUGUGAUAUGUCCAAAAAAUAUCAGUCUGCAUUCUCACACUCUAGCCCAGUUGGCAUCAGUGGACCUCAAGCCUACUCACACCCUGGCUUUUACCAUAAUCCCAGACACCAAUACAACCCCACUAUUCACAAAGCCUAUUACAAUGAAGAAAUGGUCUACCCGACUGAUCUGGACAUGGCACAUAGCUAUUAUGCCCAGCGGGCUCCCAGUCCUUCCAACAGAUAUGACCACUGGUAUAAAGACGCUGCUGUACCUCACCAGAGAGCACAGAGGCUUCUGCCUCCUGAUAUCAGACUAUCCCCCUCCCCAGCUGAAUGGGACCACCCACAAUACCAUUCCAGUGGUCACCCACGACAAAUGGUGAAUGAACAUCUGAAGUCAUGGCACAGGCGCAGUCAGCUGAAGUCCCCCAGGUCUCAUUCUCUUGACAGACAAGGAGCAGUCAGAGUGAAAAACAUGUCAUUUCGGGAGUCGCCCUGCUACCAAAAUCAAAAAUACUAUGAACAGGUUAUCCAAAGAAGAGCUGUCCAGAGAGCUGCAGAUGACGCUCACUGGGUUGGAGAUGAUGGUACCCACUUUGUAAGCCAAUUGUAAAGAGAUGAGAAACCAAGCUGAACAUGUUCACUCAAAGGUUGCAGCUGGAUUAAUCUCCACUAAGCCAAAGCAACAUAGAAAGUCAAGACGUAAACUGUUUAUACCCUUAAAGAAUACAUUUUUAUGAAAGCUCAUUGUCCUGUUUACCUUGCUGCUUGUAUGUAGGCAUACAGAGGGAGGAUGAAAUGCAACUCAGUACAACAACAAUGCAAACCACAUCCUCCAGAGUUAUUAUAAAGUAGAAUCAGCACCUCUCUGACACAGUCUGGGUAAAGCUGAGUGCAGAGCAGUUGUACUGGGUUUGAAGUACACCUGUAAAGUGUGCCUGUUGUUUUCAUCCUCUCUCUGUAUGUUGUUUUGUACUAAAUUACAAAUUAAACAUUGAACUGAAUGUUAAAUAUUAUAACUUGAAAAACCAUUGUUACCGUUUUAAUCUCUGACUGUUAUGUGCAUUUGAAUUGACUGAUACCAAACUGGCAAUUUAUUUUCCCCAACAAACAGACAUUAUCAUUGCCGCAGAGUUUUAUUUUCAUAUUUAAAUCACUCGCAAAUGAAAUGGCAGCAAACUGGUUGGUGGUAGCAGAAUCUCUUACACAGAAAUGGCCACUAAAUUUUAAUUAAAUUAGAAUUGUGAAUUCUGUAAAAAAAAAAAAACUUUAAAAAAACUAAUGUAACUAACAUUUAGGCCAUUUUUGAAACAGAAGUUUAAUUAUGAUUUAUUUCAUACACUUUUUAAAAUGUAAAGCCAUCAGCUAAACUGCUUUAGAUACUUAACUUGACCAUAUCACGUAGUGCUGCAUUAGAUGUUGCUGCUGUAUCUGCCAGAAACACAUUGUCAAAUAAUGUUGUACUGCAAAAUAAAUCUGUGGGUUUCUGUGCUCCUUUUCAACUAGCUGUAUGAAGUAAAUGGAUCCAUUGUAAAAUUAUGUAGAUGAACAACGUAACCUUUUUAGGUACAUUUUGUUUGUAAUGUUACCUUUAUUGAGUCGCCAUGUUAAUUAACUUGAGCUGCUUACAAGUCCCAGGUUCGAACUGUUUUUAGAGUCAAAUGUGCCUUGUUUUUAUACUUUCAUGUGUCUGUGGCUCUGCCAGUUAACUUGAAUUACUAACUGACCUAACCACAUGUUGAAACUAGACAUUAACUUACUCACAUGAGAUACAGGUAGCAAUUUAAGAUAAAAGCAGAGUUUUGAUGCUUGGCAGCUAUUAACUUGUCAAAGUGAAAUUUAAAUGAGCUUUAAUAGUAUUUUUUGCAGCGUCUGAUAAAGUGUUUGAGAUGGUAGCUCACUAGACUUUUGUUAGCACCAAUACAAAUUUAACUCACAGGUUAACACUAUUGAACUGUAUUCAAAACACUGCCACCUGCUUGAUCCUGCCACUAGCAUAUGCUUGUCUCAAAGAUUGUACUUUAAUAAACAAGCAGAAACCCAUGUCUUUGAACCACUUGACUGUAGAUCAUUCGAGAGUGAGAGUUAGUUUCUACAAAUUUAAGUGCAACUACACACUUCCUGGUAAUCUAUUUAUGUGUUAUUUAUCGUGAUUUGCACCAUUGGACCCAUGGAAAUGUCAAACUUGAAGUAAAAGAAAACUUGGACCUGAGUUUGCAAAAUCGUAUUAUGAAAACAAAACGGACCGCAAUCAUGUUGUGCGCCUCUUUUUAUUUAUCAGUUACAGUACUUUAAGUGGACCUAAUAAUGUUGUAUCUGGCUGUCAAAAAAUCUGUGAAAAUGUUUUUCCUG